AUGGCACGGAGGGCUGCGACGAAGAAAGUCAACUACGCUGAGCUGAGCUCUGAAUCGGACUCCGAGAAUGACAUUGAGUCUAAUGCUUCCUCGUCUGAGUCUUCUGAAAGUGAUCUGGACGAAGCGUUUCAAUUGAAACCGGUUGGAAGAAAGCGUCGAGCCCCACUGAAAGCAAAAUCUAAGCGAACUAAUAAGCGGAUCAAGAAGAUUGCAGGCAAUGAUCUCGAUGACCUUGAGAAAAAGCUUCCCUCCAAUGCUCUAUUUGAAGCACUUGCUAGUCCUGAUGUUGAUACCGGAGAAGUCGCAACGGACUGGUUGGAGAAGUACGAAGAGGAUGCGACUCUGGCACUCCUGGAAUUGAUGAACAUGGUGUUGAGAUCGUGCGGGGCUGUGUGCUACUUUGAACCACAUGAUAUGCUUGAUAUUGAGCAAGCUGCCAUCACAAUUGAAGAAAUUUCUUUGCGCUUCUCGCUGCAAACUCAACAUCGAUUUCCCUUUAAAGCCGUAACAGCUUUUCGACAAAACGAACGGCUGUUUUUCCAACUGAUUAUAUCCCAAGCCCAUGAGAAUGGCUUGCUUUACGACUAUGAGGAUGGCGUUGCUCACCAGCUGUCUUUGAUGAAGCUGCUAAUCGCAUGGCUUGGGCUGCUGUCUCUGACCGUUAUUCGACUGUUGAGAUACACUCUGACGUUGCUUCUCCUCGCUGUGGUCGAUGAAUUGGCGUCGCUCCACCAUCAAGUAGAACGCACAUUGAAGAAAGUUUCUGCACAAAUUGAGCGAGCCACAAGUCGUCGUAAAUCGCUGCUUGAAAAGUUGGCACUGACAUAUCAACUCCAAUUGGAGACGAUUAAUGAAUACUUCAACGACAUUACCGCUAUUACGAUCGGUAAUAGAUAUCGGGAUGUGGAUCUGAAUGUGCGGAUUGAAUGUAUCAAGCAACUUGCACAAUUGGUGGUCAGCAUUCCUCUGGUAUUCUAUAAUGCCAAUUAUUUAAAAUAUUUUGGUUGGCUUAUUUCGGAUCCGACAUCCGCUGUCAGAACAGAAGUUGCGAAAUAUUUGGCGAAGGUGUAUCACUUUGCUAAUAAAACUCAAUUCGGUCUGGGUAUCCGUCAAUUCACCGAUAGGUUCUACCCCCAAUUUCUACAAAUGGUCCAGGUUGAUCCUUCCACUGCUGUUAGAGUUCAAGUUGUCGCCAUAUUAGCAGAAUUACUACAGCUGGGGUAUAUGGAGAUUGAGGAUGCUCAAAAGGUAAUUAAAUUUACUACUUCUGGUCCUGAAUUGGCCAAUUUCAUCCAAAUCUACGUCGAUCAAGCGGCUAAGGAUGAAAUUGAGAAGUUGUUGCUUGCAUUAGAGAAUGGGACCAGUGAUCAAGUAUCUUGGGAUGGCGAAGAGACUGGAAAGCUUGAUUUGAACCGUGUGGUUGAGCUUAAGUGCUUGUGUGACGCAAUGACCUCUCUGAAGAAGUCUCCUGAACUCUACGAAUUUAUCGGAGCACGUUAUAGUGAUUGGCAGGGCAUUGUGGAGUAUCUUCUUUAUGACACUCUGGCUAUCGUUGUCGAUGGGUUGGAAAAUUCCAAAAUGCUUCUGCAAGCUUUGGAACUCAAUCGCGAAGAGAAGGGGAUUUUAUUGGAUGUGGUCCACGGCCAAUUUGCUCAUUUGCUUCAUGAUUCAAAACAAAAGACUAAAAAUAAGUUGAGCGAUGUCACUUUAACUCAAUUGGCUGGUGUUUUAAAAGAUUUGGCGACAUUCGCAAUUCGUAAUGGGCUUGUUCCGUCCUUUAUCAAAUUAUGGGUGCUUAUUCUUGGCUCUGAUUCUGAGAGGAAUAUCUUCUCUACAAUGACUGCGUUGGAUCAAAUGUCCACCUACAAUGAUAUCAACGUUGAAUUGGUUCGAUAUUUCAUCGAAGCCCCUAUUAUCGAAGGUUACCGUGAGUAUUUUAGGCUACUCUUUGCGCCGACAGGAGCGGACAUGUGUCCCAGCGCAAUUCGAGAUGCCAUUGAUGAUUGUGCUCGUCAGUUGAUCGAUCAGAUUCCUGGGGACCUCGAAGAGAACUCAAAUGUGAGCGCCAAGAUUCUAGCGGUUUCCCCCCAUUUACGAAAACUCGAAAUACUCAGUGAAGACAUCAAACUUCGUGACUUUGAUUCUAAACUCCCGCACACGCUCAAUCGUGAAUUAUUUGAGGCAAUGGACAAAAAGAUGAUUGGGAGACUCACACCUGAUCUAAUUCAGGCAACAAGUGAUGCUCUCGAUCUUGAGCUUUCUCUUUUGCUUUCGAGAAUUGAAUCAUUGAGUCAAGUUGAAGUUGCUUCUCAAUCCAAAUAUGAUCUUGAGCGAGAAUUCAGAGGGUACCGAAAGUUUGUUGCGAAUCUUACCCGAAUUUUGAGCACGUCUCUUGAAUUGGUGACGGAGGCUGAAGUUAAUCAUGGUCUGUCACAGGCACCGGUAAUGGCGAACAACCUUCCUGAUUAUGUGGCUUUGUUAUACGGUAUGGCUUCAUUGGUUGCAACAAAAAUCCUCGAGUUGUCAGUCGUGCUACGUGGGUUCUACAAUGUCCAUUCCGCGGAUAACACCUUCGAUGGCUUUUCGUCUGUUUUUGCUGAAGAUGCGCCUCUAGGUCAAUUGGCAAACGGCGGUAUCUCAUCUACUUGCUUGAGAAACAUCAUUCAAGUCUUCUUGUACAAGGAAGCACUCUUAGCUAACUUGCUUCAGGUGAACAUGAAGCGGAACCUGGAAGAGCAAGCACCUUUCGAAGAGGCCUUCGCAUCAAAACCCCUCGAAGAAUCAGAUAUUUGGGCGGCAGAGCAAGACCUAUGCAUCUUCGUAUUGAAGUUGUAUGGCUAUACUGAUGCGUUUGCAGAAAGUGAAGUCCUGAAACGGAUUGCCCUCAAUAGUCCAUCUCUUGGGGCCGUGUAUGCCCUGAUUGUUGAGAAGCAUGAGAGCAUUGUACAAGACUCAAACACAAAGGAGAACCCCGCGGUUUGA